AUGACAGUACAGGGGCUGCCCAGCACCCUGACCCCAUCCCUGUCCUGUGUCGGGAGCUGCCACCUGGGCACCUGUUGCUUGGCUGGCCUUGUCCCUCUCCUCCUCGCGGUGCUCGCCCACAGCUCAGGUUCUCUGGUCCAGGCAGCGGUGACUCAGCCGCCCUCAGUGUCAGCAAACCCAGGACAAACCGUUCAGAUCACCUGCUCCGGGCUUAGCAGCAGCAGCAGUGUUGGCUGGUUCCAGCAGAAGGUUCCUGGCAGUGCCCCUGUCACUGUGAUCUACUACAACGACAAGAGACCCUCGGGCAUCCCUUCACGAUUCUCCGGAUCCUUGUCUGGCUCCACGGGCACAUUAACCAUCACUGGAGUCCAAGCCGAGGACGAGGGCUCUGGUUUCCUCAGUGUUAUCAAGGCCUUUGGGCACAGGGGCCCCGUCCUGCUGCCCAGGGAGGGCUGUGGUCGUGGGGCACUGGCUGACCCCCAUCUUCUCCCCUCUCUCCUCUCCAUUCCAGGUUCCCUGGUCCAGGCAGCGCUGACUCAGCCGCCCUCGGUGUCAGAAAACCCAGGACAAACCGUCCAGAUCACCUGCUCUGGGCUUGACAGCAGCAAUGCUGUUGGCUGGUUCCAGCAGAAGGUACCUGGCAGUGCCCCUGUCACUGUGAUCUACAAAAGCAACCAGAGACCCUCGGACAUCCCUUCGCGGUUCUCCGGAUCCUCGUCCGGCUCCACUGGCACAUUAACCAUCACUGGAGUCCAAGCCGAGGAUGAGGCUGUCUAUUUCUGUGGUGGCUGGGAAAGCAGCAGUGCUGGUCAGGGUCACGGUGAUGCUGAGGCAGGGCCUACUCAGCCGCCCUCGAUGUUCCCUGGUCCAGGCAGCGGUGACUCAGCCGGCCUCGGUGUCAGCGAAGCUGGGACAAACCGUCCAGAUCACCUGCUCUGGAGCAGCUACAGCUAUGGCUGGUACCAGCAGAAGGUUCCUGGCGGUGCCCUUGUCACUGUCAUCUAUGAGAACAGCAAGAGACCCUCGGGCAUCCCUUCGCGAUUCUCCGGUUCUGCAUCCGGCACCACGGCCACGUUAACCAUCACUGGAGUCCAAGCCGAGGACGAGGCUGUCUAUUACUGUGGUGCCCAGGACAGCAGUGCUGAUCAGCAUCCAGGUGCCCUGCAGGGUGGCCAUGAUUGGGUGCUCUGCGUUGACCAUUACUGUCUGCUGUGCGGGAGUGGCAGUGAUCCUGACAGUGGUGCUGGAGGAUAUGGAAGUGGCACAGCUCCUGCUAGUGCAGACCUGUGCUUUGAAGCUCCUAGUCUCCGUGUGGUUCCAGUCCCGUCCAAAUCCCAGUUCUCUGCUCUGCAGUUCUCCUGUGGCGCUUAA